AAGCAUUCCGCUGCCCUAAGACCAGGCCCAGCGUGGCCAGAGAACCCCUCAUAGUGGAAAAAUGACACCUGCUGGCUGGCGUGGGGAGGGGGUGUAGAGGGCGGCGGCGCCAGCCGUUCCUGGCACUAUGGACGAUGCCGCAGUCCUAAAAAAGAAGGGUUACAUUGCGGGAAUCAACCUGGGCAAGGGUUCCUAUGCAAAAGUCAAAUCUGCCUACUCAGAGCGCCUCAAGUUCAAUGUGGCGGUCAAGAUUAUCGACCGCAAGAAAACACCCACUGAUUUUGUGGAGAGAUUCCUUCCUCGGGAGAUGGACAUCUUAGCAACUGUCAACCACCGCUCCAUCAUCAAGACCUAUGAGAUUUUUGAGACUUCUGAUGGACGGAUUUACAUUGUCAUGGAGCUUGGCGUCCAGGGGGACCUCCUUGAAUUCAUAAAAUGUCGAGGAGCCCUGCAUGAGGAUGUGGCACGUAAGAUGUUCCGCCAGCUCGCCUCAGCUGUCAAGUACUGCCAUGACUUAGACAUUGUCCACAGAGACCUUAAGUGUGAGAACCUUCUCCUUGACAAGGACUUCAACAUCAAGUUGUCUGACUUUGGAUUCUCCAAGCGCUGUGUGCGGGAUGCAUGUGGGCGCAUUAUCCUCAGCAAGACCUUUUGUGGCUCAGCAGCAUACGCAGCCCCUGAGGUGCUACAGGGCAUCCCAUACCAGCCCAAGGUGUAUGACAUCUGGAGCCUGGGUGUGAUCCUCUACAUCAUGGUCUGCGGCUGCAUGCCUUAUGAUGACUCCAACAUCAAAAAGAUGCUGCGCACCCAGAAGGAGCACCGGGUAGACUUUCCCCGCUCCAAGAACUUGUCCAGUGAGUGCAAGGACCUCAUCUUUCGCAUCCUGCAACCAGAUGUCAACCGGCGGCUGCACAUUGACGAGAUCCUCAGUCAUUCGUGGCUGCAGCUCCCCAAGCCCAAAGCCAUGUCUUCUGCCUCACUCAAGAGGGAUGGGGAGGGCAAGUAUCGGGCUGAGUAUAAAUUAGACACCAGGCCAGGCUCAAGGCCCGAGUACAAAGCUGACCACAAGCUGGUAGCUGAAACCCAGCACCGGACCAAGAAUGAAGACAGGAUGGAGGAUAGGCUGGCCGAGACCUCCAAAGGUAAAGAGCAUCCCAUCUCCUCCGGAGCUGAGGUGGAAAAGGCGAGCAUCUAGUGAUGGUGAGGGCCUUGGAGUGGGGAAGAACAUGGCAUGUAGUUUGCGCUCACAUAAACAAAGUAGGCAGGUAGGAGCUGAAGAAGGCAUAGGUGCCAGGAACAAGUAAAAUCUGUCAAUCCACUAUUUUGACUAUGUUCUUUUAGCUUUCUUUUAUUUCAUAGCAAAAGUCUUAAUUACUGACCAACAAAUAAACCAUGAAGUGUACAUAAGCAUAGAGAACCCCAAGAGGGGUCUUCUUCUCUAGGAUUCAGCUAAGGCAGGGCCUCCAAUUUAGGAGUCCAAGACCCAGUGCUUAGGCACAGGCAGUCAGUAAGGCUUGUGGCAAGGAGAGGACCUUUGUCAUCAUCCAUUUGCCAGGCCUACUCUUGUCCACCUCUGACCUGCCCGAGAUCCCCAGGCCUCCUGGGCUGCGUGGCUCCACAACUUUUCCUAAUCCCAUGUGGUACCACACACACCCAUUGCUCUCUCACACAGUCCUACCUCAGUGUUCUCAUUCAACUUCCAGAGUCAUUUGAGAUUGGUGACCUUGGUGGCUAAACCUUUACCUUUACCUUUCCCAGGAAUGGCCCAGCUGAGAACAUUCACUAGCACCCACCCUGUGCUGUGGACUUGCAAAUAGCCUUUGGUGAUGGUGUGAUCUAGUCUAUCAUGUUUCCUGUUUGGUCACCAACACUCCCCAAGGCAUACUACUGGUUGCAUUCCUGUGCCAGAUGAAGUGCAGCUCCAGGUCAGUAAGAAGCUGGUGAGAGAGCUGCUCAUAGGCCAGCAGUUCUGCAUGGUUGUGUUCCCCACUCAGAUAGACUCAGCAGAUAAUUUAAAAAAAAAAAACCAACAACAUUCUUUAUAGAAUUAGGAGAAAAAAACAAUCAAAAAUGUUAUAGAAUCAGAAAAGACUCAGAAUAGCCAAAGCAAUUCUGAGCAAAAGGAGCAAUACCAGAGACAUCACAAUACUGUGUUUCAGGUUAUAGUACAAAGCUAUAAUAAUAAAAGCAAUACAGUUAUUGGCACAAAAACAGACACACAGGCCAAUAGAAUACAA